UAUGAAGAUGCGGGCAUGUCUGGGGUCCGAGAAAGAGAGUGGACAGGACAGAUCGUCCUCUGGGGCCGCACCGAGAAGUGCCUGAAGGAGACGACAGAGGAGAUCCGGCAGAUGGGCACGGAGUGCCACUACUUCAUCUGUGACGUGGGCAACCGGGAGGAGGUGUACCAGAUGGCCAAGGCCGUGCGGGAGAAGGUGGGUGACAUCACCAUCCUGGUGAACAACGCCGCCGUGGUCCACGGGAAGAGCCUGAUGGACAGCGACGACGACGCCCUCCUCAAGUCGCAGCACAUCAACACGCUGGGCCAGUUCUGGACCACCAAGGCCUUCCUGCCGCGCAUGCUGGAGCUGCAGAACGGCCACAUCGUGUGCCUCAACUCCGUGCUGGCGCUGUCCGCCAUCCCCGGCGCCAUCGACUACUGCACCUCCAAGGCCUCGGCCUUCGCCUUCAUGGAGAGCCUGACCCUGGGGCUGCUGGACUGCCCGGGCGUCAGCGCCACCACCGUGCUGCCCUUCCACACCAGCACUGAGAUGUUCCAGGGCAUGAGGGUCAGGUUCCCCAACCUCUUCCCCCCGCUGAAGCCGGAGACGGUGGCCCGGAGGACGGUGGAGGCCGUGCAGCUCAACCAGGCGCUCCUCCUGCUCCCCUGGACGAUGCACGUCCUCAUUAUCUUGAAAAGCAUACUCCCACAGGCUGCGCUGGAGGAGAUCCACAGAUUCUCAGGAACCUACACCUGCAUGAACACUUUCAAAGGGCGGACAUAAAGGCAGGACGUAGACCUCCUCGAAAGCCACGGGGCCUGCGGGGGCCGUGGCACCUGGGCACACACCCGCGUGCCUGCCCCUGGGCACACUUCUGCUGGGUGGGCAGGCCUGUCCUCUCCUGGGGAAGAAUCCGGUGCCCCCCGCCAGCCCCAGGACCUUUGCACAGGACUGAUGGGCGUAACUCUGGCCCCCAGGGGGAGGCAGGAAACCAGCCAGCAGCCGCCUUGACACUUUUGUACAUUUCUGAUUCUGUAGAGUUUAUUGUUAAAUUGCUUCUCAAAGCUAACCAGCCUCGGCAGUGCGCAAAGACUAUUUCUGGGAGGGUCGGCGCCCAGAUGACCCUCCUUCCCCUCCAAAAUCCACUCGGCUUCUGCAAACUGGUUGAACGGCAGGAAUGAAAAAUAAAGAGAGAUGGCUUUUGCGAGUU